AUGUCUUCCCCAUUAGAUGAACUUUCCGAUGUAUUUGCAAGGGCAGAAGCUCUCCGCGAGGCAGCACAGCCGGAGAAGCAGCAACAAAAGCCGCAUCAACAACAUCACUACGCUUCAGCAGCAGAAUCUUCGCCUGGAGAUGAAGCAGCUCUUUUCGGCCCCUUUCGCGCCUCAAUCGGCCAUUCAUCCGUUACGAAAUUCACCAGUUCAGAAGCAGCAGCAGCAAUACCAGCAGUACAUGCUGCUUCUACGCUGGAGGAUACUGACGCAUUUGGAGAUUGGGAGUCUGCAUCGGGAGCCAGACAUCAACCCGAGCUGCAAAAGCCGCACCAACAGGCGAAACACCAACACAAGCAGCAAAAUAUUGAAGGCUUGAGGAGUUCUGAUGGUGGAUGCCCCCGUUUCGACGAGGGAAACGCGCUGCAAUGGGAAGGCUCCGGUUCUUUUGCUGAACUGGUGCAGCAUGGCAACAGUAGCAGCAGCAGAAGCAUUAGCAAGGGCAGCACCAGCAGCAGAUACAAGGGCCCCCCGAUAUCCUUAGACGCGGAUAUGCUUGCCAACCUAGCUGACGCUGCUGCUGCUCUGGGUGCGGAUCGUGGUGGUUGCGCUGCUGCGACUGCCAAUGUCCCUACUGCUGCUGCUGGUGCCGCCGCAACUGCCCCUGUGGCAGUAGCGCAUGCUUUGCAAAAGAUUGCGCAGGAGGUCUGUGCAGCGCCUAGAUCGCAUUCAUCGGCAACAACACCGUUAUCUGCAGCGGAAUCUGCACAGAUGAUUCCUGCAGCAGGGGAUUCAACAACUGUCCGUACAGCAAACGCACCAGGAGAGCCGAGCGGGCUGCAACGAGUCGCCUCAGUUACUUCUUUGGAUCUUGACCCCAGAAUAUUGCAUACUCCUGGGCUUCACAGCGAACAAAUUGCUGCGCCAGAAGGUCACUUGCCUGGAUCGGGACCCCACGAUCCGUCUGCGUGCAACGCAACGCCGGUUUGUAGGAGUCCCGACGAAGUUGCAGCUGCCUCUGCCGUCGAUCCUGAUGCGCCUAGCGCUCAUGCUGCCGCUGGAGUCUCCUCGAAAACUUCUCCAGGUUUGUCAGGAACCCAAACAGAUGCCAAUUUGACGGAGAUGACACUCAAGACUGGUCCAUUAAAUGCAUCUGCUGCUGCUGCUCGUGCUACCCCACAACAGGCAAAGGAAGUCCCAACAGCUACUACUGGCUGUGUCAUCGAGCCUAUCAGCCCUUCUCCUCGUGCUUCAUCAACAACUACGGCUGCAAAGCCGGAAACAGCAACAGCAGAUUCAACGACGCCAGCAACAAUAGAUACAGCAGCUGGAGCACCAAACGCAACCACAGCAACAGAAUCAUCUCACUUUGGGGCAGUUCAUGAUUGGGAAGCGGUAGAGCGCCUAAGUCAGAAGUACAGGCAGCUCAAGAAGCAGAACGCGCUGCUCAAGGAGGCCCUGCGGCAGCAGCAGAAACAGCAGCAGCAACAGCAGCUUGAGCAUCAACAACAAGGGCAGGGGCAGCGUCAACAGCAGCAUCAACAGCAGCACCAACAGCAACAGCAGCAACAAGAACCGCAGCAAGAAGAGCCGCAGGGGCUUGUGAGCCAACUGCAGCAGCAGGUCGCCCUGGGGGAAUUCAGGCAACGCCAGCUGCUGGAUGAGUUGGACACCGCUCAGCGAGAAUUAAAGCGCCAGCAACAGCAACUGCAGCAGCAACAGCAGCAAUUGCAACAGCAGCAUUUGCUGCUACUCAAAACGGGAGCCGCAAAUUCUACGGCUGGAGGCGCCCCAGGAAGUAGUUGGGGGUUGUCGCUGCUGGGGGGCGGCAGCGCAGCGGCUAAAGAUGCGGAAUUGAAGGCACUGCAGCAGCAAGUGGAGGUUCUACGGGAGGAGCUGCAGCUCAAGAUAGAGGAGAACGAGCGACUACACUUGGAGGCAUUUGAGGAAAGGCAGCAGCAGCAGCAGCAGCAGCAGCAACUCGAGGCCACGAUUAGCCUGUUGCAGAAACAGCAUGAGGAAGCCCAGCAGCAGCAACAGCAGCAUGCAGCAGACUACGCAGAGCUGCAAAGGCACUAUGAGCGCCUUAACCAACGGCAAGAAGAGAAGUUAAGGCAGCAGCAACAACAACUGGAACAUGCUCGUGGUCAGGAACAAUUGCUGCUACAACAGACCAUGGAAGACCGGCAGCAGCUUAUGCUUCGGGAGCAGCAGCAACAACAAAAGCAGGAGCAAAUAGUCGCCUAUUAUAGCACCCUGCUUGGCUGCGACUACACGCGGCUGCCCCUGCUGCGCUGUCUGGACUUGCCCUCUGGCGGUUAUGCUACUGCCGCAGCAGCAGCCGCAGCAGCACGAGAGGAGUUGCUGCGGCUCAUUGUUGCAGCUCUGGGAGAUCUACAACACGUUUUGCAGUGUUGGGCAGCAGGCCUGGAAGUGUCAACAGUAGCUGGGGCAGAACAGGGUAGCGAGGGACUAUCGGAGGACGGGUUGGACUCCUCAGAUGCAGAAACACCGGCCAACCGCCUGCCACUGUCUCUUGGUCUGGCCUGGCGGAUAAGAAUUGCAACGCGGCAGGCUCGCCGGGCCGCCAUUGACUCUGUGGCGUCAAUUGCAACGGUGUCGUCAUUGUUAGAGCGCGCUGUUGCCGCCGCUGCUGUUAGUGCCGCUGAAACUCUUGCUCGGCGGAAGGAAACUGAAAAGCUGAAUGCUGAUUUUAGUCGAUUCGUUUCUCUGACUCUCCUAGCCGUCUCGCUGCAGCACGACGCUCUAAGCGGGCCCCAGCAGCAGCAACGACAGAAGCGGCAGCAGCUGGAUGCAAUGCAAGGAAACGACAACGGCAGCAUUGCGGAUCCUUUCGGGCAAGGAGCCCACGUUCUGGAGGCGCUGCUGGAGGAGUUACAGCGUGGCGCAGCAGCUCUGGCCGCUGUUUUCAAUGCUGCAUCGGCCUUCAUGGAGGCCAGAAGCAGUAGCGACAGAAGCGGCAGCGACGACUACGUUGCUGCAGACACCCGGGUAUUGUCUAAACAGCAUUUUGCUGAGCUUGCUGCUGCACUAGAAGAUCCUCAAGAUAAGCAGGAUGAGGAAAUGCCAACUGUGCCUGAAAAGCGGCAGCAGAAGCUUCAAGAAGCGCAACUGCAACAUCAGCUGCAGGAGGACCUCGGACUUCCGCCUCUUCCUGCGUUGCAGUCCGCAUCAGUACGGUUGGUGCUGCAACAGCAGCGGCAGCGCCAACACGGAUACUCAAAUUCUCCUUUUCCGUGGCGCAGCUGUUUGCCAUUGCCGCCUUCGCAGCAGCGGAUGGACGAAGAAGAACUUCCUCUAUCUGAAUGCAACAAAUGGAUGCAACAGUUGAGGAGUUGCCGGAGGGCGGCAGCAGCAGCGGGCCUCACACUAUCUGGAUGGCGUGGAACAGCAAAGGCAACGAAGGAGCGGUUGCUGCAGCUUCUAGUCGAGAACCUAGAUGCGCUCUUGCAGACAUUCCGCAGCUUGGCAGUCUGCCUUUCUGGCCGUGUGCGCCGCCCAGCUGACCUAGUUGAUGGACAGUUGUUGCUGCUUUCCGGCACAGGGCCCUGCACACUUUCGCUACUGCAGGCACUGCGCGCAGUGAGCAGUGCAGACGGAGGAUUAUACCGUUUACUGCAGCACUCGAAGCUGCUGCUGCAGAUGCAGCGUUGCCCCUCGUAUGCCGUUCUUAGAUCAGAGGCUGUGGAAGAGGUCGCUGUAGUCGGUCUCAGGUGCGUCUCGCAGGCCCGCGCUGCUCUCUUGAGCUCCAGCGAGAAGAUUUCUGCGCGGGAUGCCCGACAAGUCAUAAGCAAACGACAAGCGGCGGAGGCAGAAGUCGCUGCGGCGGCGGCUGAGGUGCGACUUCUGGAGGAGCGAAUGGCUGAAGCAAACAAGGGAGCUGCGCAGCUUCGGGUAGCGCAGACCGCAGUGGCACUGCUUCAGGCAGAGCUCGUUAGGCUUAAACGACACGCCUGCAGCACAGCGGGAGGUAUCACCACCGAUGCACCCCCUACACGGAGCAGCAGCAGCCGGUACUCCGCUCAGGUUCGGAUUGACUUCAAGCUUUUUCUGCCACCCCGUUCUGCUGCUGCCUUUACCUACCGUGGAGCAGCUGAGAGCUUCUCCCCUCUUUAUGUCAUCGUGUUCCGUUCAGGUGAUGCCACUGCAGAGGGUGCCGCGUUCUCUGCUGGCAAUAUUACAGCAAAUUCGGCAAAUGUACUGGCACGUGGGACACCUCUGACGUGCAUAGGCCUUCACUUUCCUGCUGAAGAGCGAGACGGGGUGUACGCACAGCAGCUACUGCUGCUGCAACAAAAGCUGCACACCGAAGCUGCAGCUCUGAGCAUUCUGAAGAUGCAACUCAGCAGCGCUUUCAAGUAUUGUAAAUGCGUGCCUGGGCUAGUUGCCUACUUACAAAGUGGUCCGGUUAACUGUUGUGAUCAUCCGUUGGUGCUUGUGGUGCCACAGGCUGUUCAUGCACUUGAGGAUCAGCGCGCUGCUUUACGUUACGAGCUGCGUCGGUCGAAGGAAGAAGCAGCAGCAGCUGCUGCUGCUGCAGUUGCAGCUGCAACGGAGACAGCAGCAAGUGCUCGCCUUGCAGAGGAAAACUACUCGCAACAGUUACGGCUUCUUUCCCUCCAUGUGGCCGAGACACAUGAGAAAAACAAAGAAACACAAAGGGAACUCGAGGACCUGCUAAAGCACAAAAUACUCUGUGGACGAUGCGGAGUGUGGAAUCCCCUGAGCGACCUGCUGGUGGAAGGCCAGUCGUGGGGCUCUUGCGUGAUGUGCACGGGCAGAGUGAUGGAGCGACCGUUCUAA